AUGGGCGGCUUCGACGACGACAAUCAGCGCUCGGCCAAGCGCCUCAGGUUUGACCAAGCCGGCGCUGGCCAGCCUGCCCCGCCUUCUGAUGGGCACCAAGACAACAUCCCCGAUACUGGGGGCACAUCACAAAAUACCGAUGCAGAGUGGUUGUUUUCCCAUCCAAUCAUGCUUCCAAGCUCCUUGCCCAUCAUACCGGGUUCGGUACCUGGCGUAGUACAACCUCAUCCUGAUGCUCUCAUGCCUUUGAACCCUUCCGUAUCCGCCUCUAUGCUUUGUCCCAUGGACAACUCCAUGGCUCCGGCGCCAUGGCACGCAAGUUUUAAUGUUGCCCCAAAUCCCGCCGACAUCUCCGCCGUGUUUCCUCAGGGUCCGCAACCCGCCAUGCUUCCCAUACCAGAGCUACAGCCAUUGCAGCAUCCGGCGCCACCGUACCCUACCUCGCAGUGGCAACUCCCCCGUCAGCCCAAUAUACUGCCGCGGUUGCAGCCAAACCCACUGCCAAACCCACUGCCAAACCCACGACCACGCCAGACACAGCCAUCCCGGAACCCACCAACCAUCUCUGAGCCAGUCCAAAAAGACCAGCGCCGGCGAAAGUCCCGCGUCAAACCCAUCACCAAUAGUCCAUUCUCUGACUGUAUCGACUCUUUUGGGAACACCUUCGCCCCUCAACAAUUCUUUCGUCCACGGGAUGGCAAAGUCAACGGUUACAUCAAGUUCAACUGGAGCACGCCAAAAGAAGAUAAACAGCCAUCAAGGAUUUCUGAAGUAACGGACGACGUUGAUGACUCCUUAAAAUCAGUACCUGCCACCUAUUCCUCGAAUCAUGGCUCCGACCUUGCCUUGCAGCGUCGCUUCUCUGUGUCACACUCGACACCAUCUGUCACCACUCUGGCAGGAAGUGACUCGCCCUUUUCAACAGCGUCCACUCUUGUAUCGCCCUUAUAUCAUCAUCCGUUACCCGCAGCGAAGGUUACGCCAUACUUCGACGGCGGUAGGAAGGAGGAGCCUCGCCUUGUCCCUGCGCACUUCGGUCUGCAUACUAAGAUGGACACCAUGGACAGAAAGCUCUUCAUAUUCUAUGUACAGAACUGGUGUCCCGGAAGAAGUGUCUUGAGAAGAACCAAUCUAUGGUUGACUGAUUUUGCACGGAUGCAUGAGGGCGGCGUACUAGCUGCCAUACAUUCUCUCGCUGGUAUCUACAUCCAUGACUAUCUGCCCGAUGAGAAGUUGCGGCGUCGUAUCAACCAAAAAUUCGCCCUUGCUGAAGCUCGCUUCAGCAGCCUACUCCAAGACUCGCAUAACCUUGGUGAAACCGAGGCGAGCGAGCUCAUCACUCUAGCGUCGCUCCUCUCUAUGCAAGAUGUUGUUCUCACCGAGCGCAGACUUCAAAAACCCUAUCACCCUCGCUGGCUAACGGGGUUCAAGCAAGCAGAGACUAUGCUGCAGCUCACGGACCCGGGUGGUCGCUUCUACAAGGAGUCGAAUGUUCAGGUUAAUGCUCUACGUUUGUCGCAAUCAGUCAUUGUCGGUAGAGCUGUUAUCCUAGCUCAGCCUAUGAUGCCUCUUCCGUCUCUUGCUACAUUUGACCCUAUCGCCGAGACAUCUAGGUUUGGAUUCCUAUUGUAUGGAUCUGAGCAAGAAAUGUAUGAAAUCCACGGUGGGUGUGGUUUUUCGAAACGAUUGCUACACAUUUUCAGCCAGGUGGCCUACUGUUCCGCUCGCAUGCUUCAGGAUAGCGAAACACCGGUCGUGCCUGUAAGCGCUGACAUGCUCUACGGCCAACUUGAGAACCUGAACCAGUGGAGUGGCGAAUAUGUUGACUGGGAGGCUGCACAACAAAGGCAACAUCAACCAAUCGAGUGGAUACGCCAAAUGGACGAGACAUAUAUCGUUCAACAACCUAAGGAGAUGACAGAGGUGACUGCGGAAGCAUGGAGGCUGGCUGGAAUGGUCUACCUGCAGUGCCGUCUUUUCAGAUUACCCCGAAACCACCCUCAGGUCGUCGCCAACAUAGCCGACUUGGCCAAGAGCAUUUCCAUCAUGCCGACAUCGGGCCCGGUAUUUACGGCUCAGGCUCCACUGCUACCAGUCUUCUUUCUCGGGCUGCUGGCGACCGUUCCAGACCAUGUCGAAGUUUCCCAUGCCUGGUUUCAACAGGUUAUCCACACGCCCGUUCGCAGUGUACCAGCUGCUAAUUACAUCCCUGCGGCAGAGCGUGCCGCCACUUUAUAA